UCAGCCAUGGUGUGAGGGCAGGGACUGAGCCGGCCCGGCCCGGCCCGGCUCGGCGGCGGCAGCAGCACCAUGUCGGGCCCGAGCGCCGUGUCGGACCCGCAGCACCCGGCGCGGCUGCUGCGGGCGCUCAGCUCGUUCCGGGAGGAGACGCGGUUCUGCGACGCGCACCUGGUGCUGGAGGGCGAGGAGAUCCCGGUGCAGAAGAACAUCCUGGCGGCCGCCAGCCCCUACAUCAGAACAAAAUUGAAUUACAAUCCUCCAAAGGAUGAUGGUUCAACAUACAAGAUUGAACUCGAAGGGAUAUCUGUUGAUAUCAUGAAAGAGAUACUAGACUACAUCUUCAGUGGGCAGAUCAGGCUAAAUGAAGAAACUAUCCAAGAUGUGGUACAGGCAGCUGAUCUCCUGCUGCUUACAGACUUAAAAACUCUCUGCUGUGAGUUUUUAGAAGGUUGCAUAGCUGCUGAGAACUGUAUUGGUAUUCGGGACUUUGCACUGCACUAUUGUUUGCAUCAUGUUCACUACCUUGCCUCAGAGUAUCUGGAAACUCACUUUCGAGAUGUCAGCAGCACAGAGGAAUUCUUGGAACUGACUCCUCAAAAACUGAAAGAAGUGCUGUCCAUGGAAAAGCUCAAUGUUGGAAACGAAAGAUACGUCUUUGAAGCGGUGAUUAGGUGGAUUUCUCAUGAUUCAGAAUCCAGAAAGGUCCACAUGAAGGAUGUGAUGUCGGCAGUGUGGGUGUCGGGGCUGGACGCGGCGUACCUGCGCGAGCAGAUGAUGAGCGAGCCGCUGGUGCGCGAGAUCGUCAAGGAGUGCAACAACAUCCCCCUGACACCCCCGCAGCAGGGAGAGGCCAUGCUGGCCUCCUUCAAGCCCCGGGGCUACUCCGAGUGCAUCGUGACAGUUGGGGGGGAAGAGAGAGUAUCACGGAAACCAACCUCAGUGAUGCGGUGUAUGUGUCCUCUUUACGAUCCCAAUAGACAGCUCUGGAUUGAACUUGCUCCUAUGAGUAUUCCAAGGAUCAAUCAUGGAGUAUUGUCAGCAGAAGGAUUUUUAUUUGUGCUUGGUGGUCAGGAUGAAAACAAGGGAACGCUAAGCUCUGGAGAGAAAUAUGAUCCAGACACCAAUUCAUGGAGUUCCUUACCACCAAUGCAUGAGGCACGACAUAAUUUUGGAGUGGUAGAGAUUGAUGGGAUUCUGUAUAUUCUGGGAGGUGAGGAUGGUGAAAGGGAGCUGAUCUCUAUGGAGAGCUAUGAUAUUUAUAGCCGGACCUGGACCAAGCAGCCAGACUUGACCAUGGUUAGAAAGAUUGGCUGCUAUGCAGCUAUGAAGAAGAAAAUCUAUGCAAUGGGUGGAGGCUCCUAUGGAAAACUCUUUGAAUCUGUGGAGUGUUAUGACCCCAGGACUCAGCAGUGGACAGCAAUCUGUCCUCUCAAAGAGAGGAGAUUUGGGGCAGUGGCCUGUGGAGUUGCCUCUGAGCUUUAUGUAUUUGGUGGGGUCAGGAGUCGUGAUGACAGCCAAGCCAGUGAGAUGGUGACAUGCAAAUCAGAAUUUUAUCACGAUGAGUUUAAAAGGUGGAUUUAUCUAAAUGACCAGAACCUAUGUAUCCCAACUAGCUCUUCUUUUGUGUAUGGAGCUGUGCCCAUCGGAGCCAGCAUAUAUGUGAUUGGAGAUCUCGAUACAGGUACAAACUAUGACUAUGUUAGGGAAUUUAAGAGAAGCACGGGCACCUGGCAGCGCACCAAGCCGCUGUUCCCCUCGGACCUGCGCCGGACGGGCUGCGCAGCGCUGCGGAUCGCCAACUGCAAACUCUUCCGGCUGCAGCUGCAGCAGGGAUUGUUCCGCAUCCGCGUACCUUCGCCGUGACCCGUGUGCUGCCAGGGGACGAGACUGGAAGGGUUCUGUGCAGUCCACCAUAAUCUAGCUCUAUUUAAAGGAAAAGCUGAGAAAUUACAGCUGAAAAUUACACUGUAUGCUGUGCUUUGGUAUGGUAACUGUUUUUGUUUUAAAUGCUUACAAAGCUUGAGUCUCAGUACUUGUUUCGGGAACAAAUAACUUAAGUACACAUUAAAGAGGAGAGAAGGAGGAAAAUAAAAGGGGAGAUCAAGGAAACACCUUCAGUCAUAACUAUUUGGAGUUUAAACCUUGUUAUUGAAGGAGGAUUUUGUGUGUGAAACUGUUGGGAAUCAGUUUCCUUUGGCGAAGCUUAUUGAAAAGCAAAAAAAAAAAGAGCUUUCAGGUGCGUUUCCCCUGCGGGGAACUGAUACGAAUCCAUGUGCUAUCUGGAACUGGAUAGCUGUAAUACACAGAAGCUACACGAUAACCAACCUCCCUGGUGUGCUGCUGUUGGAGCAUGAGGCCACAGGGGGUGUUGGUCGUUGCACCUUUUAUUUCUAGUCCUUUCUCAAAAGAUAAGGUCUGUGCCUAAAAAAUGGUGGAGGUGUGUACAUACGGUUUUUCAUUCAUUUGCAAUGGUUUCAUUCUGACAAAUAUUUUUAAUAUAUAUAAAAUGGACUAAUCUGAAAUGGAUACACCCCGGAAAAUGGAUACAGUACACCACAAAGAAGUAAACAGUUUUUUCCUACGCUGUCAUUCGAGUAGCCUGAUGAACUGGUCUGCAGGUGGGUGGUGUGUGCUUUUGGGUGGGCUUUGGUGGCUGUUUUCCUUGAAGUGAAAAGGGAAGACAUGUUUGGAACAGUUAGUGAUGAUUGCUGCUUUUGGUAAGAGCAAAAGGACAAACUAAAUAGAUUGUGUUCCUUUUUACUUCAUAUUGCUUGCAAGCUAAGAAUGGUUUUUAAGACUGAGGAUUGUAGAAAGGUGUAUUUUAUGUCUCUUAGAACAAAGGUGAAAUAUGACAACGAUAUAUUUAUUUUGCAAAAAACAUGGGGUUUGGACUAAGAGUUAAGGAAAAUUUGUACAGUGACUUUAAAUUGGGAUCAAAAGUUGGUUUACUAAUGAUUUCUGUGCUACAGUACAGUCUUGUUUACUGCUGUCUGAAAGCUGGGUUUUAUGGUGUGGUUAUAGUGAAGAACUUAGUAUCUUGCAUUUUAUUUCUUACAAAGCCUUGUUCACAUCAGUAGUGAUAUUUAAUUGACUUUUGUUUGUAGUCAAGAUCAGCUGGUAGAACAGUUUUACCUCAAUUUUUGAUUUCUUUGUUAUUGUGAUGGGUGGGACAUAACCUGUAUUUAUUUAAAAGGAAUAAAAUGGGAGAGACUGAAAAUAGAAAUAAUACCUCCUGCCCUUCAGAAAAAGAGACUUUGUACAACCAGUAUUACAACUACAUACAAGACUUUCCACUCUGCAACUCUGUGGACCUCACAUAAGCCAAACUCUGCCCUCAGUUGUGUUAGUGUAAACCUUCUUCAUCUUUAUUGAAAUCAUCUUACAUACGUUGAAAUAUCAUCCCAAACUAGUUCAAAAUAUUGGUAUUUCACUAAAUAGUCCUUGAAGAGCCAUUCUGAAAUUUCUUUCUGCUCAGUCCUUCCAUAGCACUGAUGUGGGGUUGGAAUGACUGAUUCCUCAGCAGAGGAGUAUGGGAGGGUGGGGAAAAGGGCAGCAGCCAAUCCAUUGACCUUUUUUUAUUUUUAUUUUUAUAAUGCUGAAGUGCUGCAAAACUUGAACUAUAUACAUUGAUUUUCUGACCUAUAUUAGCUGGCAUAUUAAAAAGUUUAUAUAUUUAUGCAUUGCAGUAAACUUGGUGUGUGUAUAUAUAUAUAUGUCUUUAGAUUUUAAAUUUAUAUAUAAUGCUUUACUACAGAAAUGUGAACCACUAUUUCCAUCCUUGGCUGGCUCGUGAAAUAAAUCAAGUGCUGUUAGUUUAUCUGUUAAACUUCCCUUUUUUGAAAAAUCUUACAUGGAUCAAUUUUUUUUUCCUCAGACAAAGUGCCAAGAUCCCAUAUUCAAAAGUGAUGAAUGUUCCUAAGUAUCUGUUUCACUUUGAGCUCAGUUUUCUAAGUGGCUUGGAAAACUUCCGAAAAUGUUAUUCAGAAUAUUGCCAGCUGCUAUCUCCCGAGUCCCUGUAGCUUCCCAGUACACUGAGGGCAUUCAGCAUCCAGAAAACGUAAGUGAUAAAUGCACGUGAUAAAUCCAAGUAAAUACUCUAGCAGUGUUUUGCAGUUCAAGUUACUGAACCAAAUGUUUACACUUAGAGUAGGAUUAACACUAGGUGUUCUUAGCGUGUUUUUUUUUUUAAAGAAAACAUAAAUAAAACAAACAAAUCUGCUGGUGAUUUGAGCGUGUUGCGAAUGCACUCAGUGAGAUUUGACCAAGAAGUUUAAGCCUCUGUACCUGAACCAGUCACAAAUUGAAUUCCUGAGCACGUUGUACUCGUGUCAUUUUCCAUGUGGCUGGGGACCAAGUCUCCAGGGAUGCUCUCCAGGGGUUUUGGGCGUGUGCUCAGAUUUAGGCACUCCUGAGAUCUCAAAACUGGCUUCCUUGGCCUUGCCUAAGGGAAUGGGACCAUUCCCCAUCUGCACUGUUUGUGGGACUGAUCCAAGAGCUGUUCUAGCCUCUGUAUGUGCAGGAGGGAAGGGA